AAUGGAGGAGCGCGAGGAGGAGGCGGGUCCCGGCGUACCCGAUAUGACCAUGAUGCCGGAGAUCACAGAGGCCGCUAUCAAUGACAACCUCAGGCGGAGAUACGUGCACGACCUCGUAUAUACAUACACGGGCUCGAUCCUGGUCGCGGUGAAUCCAUAUAAGGAGCUGGGAUGUUACACAAUGGAGGACAUGCAAAACUACCGCGGAAAAGCUUUCGGCAGCAUGCCGCCGCACGUGUUCGCACUCGCCGAGUCCGCCUACAGCUCGCUACAGAACGGAGAAAAGAAUCAGUCAGUGGUGAUAUCCGGCGAGAGCGGGGCCGGCAAGACGGAGACUACUAAGCUAAUCCUGCAGUAUCUUUGCGCGGCAGGCGGCCAGGCCACCUGGGCAGAGCAGCAGAUCCUGGAGGCCAACACUGUACUAGAGGCAUUCGGCAACGCUAAGACAGUCCGUAACGACAACUCAUCACGUUUCGGCAAGUUUGUGGAGGUGCGUUUGGAUCACCGCGGUGGAAUCCGCGGCGCUGUGCUGCGCGACUUUCUUUUGGAGCGCGCGCGUAUCACCGGCCCCGCACCUCGCGAGACCAACUAUCACGUCUUCUAUCAGCUGCUAGAGGGCGCUAAACACAAUGCAGAACUCCGUUCCUCUCUUCGGCUGCGUGACGACAUCCAGUACAAGUACUUGCGUAUGGACGACGUGGAGGCGCACAAGGGGCGCGGGGGUGAGGGCAAGCUAGAAGCGCUGCAGCUGGCGCUCACCGUGCUCCAAGUGCCACCACACAUGUGCGAGGGUCUCUUCAAAGUGCUCGCAGCUAUACUAUGGCUUGGGAACAUACAGUUCCAAGACGUGGAUGGAGAGCGGAGCGCCCUCUGCGGUGAGGACACGGAGGCGGUGGAGGCGGCGGCGUGGCUGCUGGGCCUGGCGCCGCCCACUGCGCGCCGCGUACUGCUCGAGCGUCAGAUCAACGUGCGCGGAAACGUCACAGACAUACCACUCAGACUACCUGAGGCGCGCGAGAACCGCCAUGCAAUGGCGCGUGCGCUGUACGCUCGUACGUUCGCAUGGCUCGUACGUCACGUGAACAGUUGCUCGGCGCCGGGCCGCGAGAUGACGCGCGCGCUCGGCGUUCUCGACAUCUUCGGCUUUGAAAACUUCGCCACCAACUCUCUGGAACAACUCUGCAUCAACUACGCUAAUGAGAAGCUGCAUAUGUUCUUUAAUAACUAUGUAUUCGCUUUGGAACAAGAAAUUUAUCGUCAAGAAGGUAUCAUUUAUAAUCAAAUACAAUUCACGGACAAUGCGGCCUGUCUAGAAUUGUUGGAGAAACCACCUAGAAGUUUAUUAAAGUUAUUGAGUGAACAAUGUCACAUGCCAAAGGGUUCUGACGGCGCAUACUUGACAAAUAUUCAAUGCGAAUUCGGCGACCAUCAAAGUUUCGUCAAAGGCUCUCGCAGGAAAUGGGAAGAGGAAUUCGGAGUGCAACAUUACGCAGGCACAGUGACUUACAGUGUCCACGGAUUUGUUGACAAGAACAGGGAUACUCAACAAGACGCCUUUAUUGACCAUCUGAGUCGAUCCGCUAAUCCUUUUGUUAGGGAAUUAGCGGAUUAUGCUCAGGAUUUAGCACCUCCAGGACAUGACUUAUCCCUUUCAAGUCCGGGUGCGACAAGUACCACACAACGAGGCACAUCUAAAGGUCGGCCAACAGUCGUAGAUACAUUUCGCGCACAAUUGCAGUCUUUGGUCGAUAUGCUACAAGCUACUGAUGUUUGGUACGUGCGCUGUAUAAAGCCUAACGAGAACAAGGAGGCGGGCAAGUACAGCUCGCAGCUGGUGCUGGAGCAGCUGCGCUACCUCGGCAUGAACGAGAUCGUGCGCAUACGCAGAGACGGCUACCCCGUGCACCUCCCCGCACCCCUCUUCCGUGCGCGCUACCGCUGUCUGCUACCGCAUCCUCGCCCCACCGAGCCACACAUCGCAUCAAUAACAUCAUUGGUGAAUGCGCCGGCUAACGACUGGCAGAUCGGGCACACGAAGAUAUUCAUGCGCAGCUCUGUACACUCCCCGCUAGAGGCCAAGAGGACGGCGCUGUUACAGGCCUCCGCACUACGUAUACAGAAGUGGUACAAGGGCAGUGUACAACGGCGCAGCUUCGUGCAGCGCCGCAACGCAGCGGUGGUGCUGCAGGCGGCGUGGCGCGGGUGGAAGGAGCGUGCGGCAUUCCUGCGGCUGCGGCGUGCGGCGCUCACUCUGCAGCGACAUCUGCGCGGAGCAUUCGCACGAGAGGUCGCCGCCGCACUGCGAGAGAUGAGACGUGUUAAUGAUCAGAUGAAGCUUAGGGAGGAAAGGAACAGCCUUGCAGAGAAAGUGAACAUGGAGCGUGCGGAGUUGGAAACAAUGGCGGACCAGCUGCGGGGGCUGUCGUGUCCCAACGGGCGCGCGGAGUCCGUCAACCUGGACAACUUGUUCGACUUCCUGGCGGAUGUGCCCGCACAACGCGGCGCACCAGACGGACAGCCCGCGCACCAGCCAACCAUAGCAGAGAUCGGGGACUCUAUGGAAAGGCUCGCCGAUGACUUACAUCAAGAGCUGGAGCACGUGCUAGCGGCCGAAAUGAAUGAGCUCAGCAAAUCUCACACUGAAGCGCAGAGGAAACCUGAUGGGGCGAAUUCAGAUGAUAUCCUGCCCCCGCCACCUUCCUCUCUCCCCUUACAGUCCAUUCUCCAGCCGGCGACUCCAGUGAGCAUGACGUCGUCUCUCACGAACGGUAUGACGUCAUCGCUGACAAAUGGUACGUCACCGAUGGCGAACGGCGACGUGAUGUCUUCAUCGCUUAUCCUCCCACCUACCCCUCCUCCGAUGGAGGCACCAGUGGAAGAUUCCCCCGCGUUCCCCUCCCCGCCAACGACCUGCACGUUACCGGAGCCAGCGGGCCCGCCGCCACCGCCACCUGCCGUCAAAGAUACCACCCCACCAGAGUUGACAAACGGUAUAAUACCGAACGGCAAGCUGUCUGUAGUGAAUGGCAAGGAGCCUAUAUACGAGGCUGUCAUACCACGCCCACCUGGAGAACCCCCCACUGCUUCACCGCCCCCGCCACCAUUAUUGCCGCCAGAAAAUAACGGUUUUCCUAGCAAAGAUAUCCUCGAAGAACAGAUAGACGAAAUCUUACCGGGUCUGCCGAGUGCUGUGACGUCACCGGACAAUACCUCUGCCUCCGCCCUCCCGACUGACUCUUGCACCAGUCCACCACCAAUGAUGAAUGGAGACUCCAAUACUACUGAACGCAACGCACGUCGCAAAGAGCGUGUGGAGCGACGCCUGCAUCAGAUGGAGGCGGCGUCUCCGCCCUCCAGCGCGCCGCCGACCACGCCUCCUGCUGAUGCCAACGACCUUGCAGACUUCGCCAAGCUCUACUUCAACGAUCAUCCUCGUUCUCCUGAAGGAACAAUAAUGGCAACCCUAACACGAAAGAGCAAGUCGAUGGAACUGUUGACUAAGGAGGAGAUGAUCACAUACCACAAGGGCAACAACAUCCCCACCUCGCACAUACAGCUGCAUGACCCUGACAGCGUUACUGCAGCUGUCAACAUCUUCAGGGAUUUAUGUCGUUACAUGCGGGGUGAAUUAACAUCGGACAAGGAGACCCAAGUUAUACAAUCUGUGAUAGGGAAAGGUUUAGAAAGGGAAGAAUUACGAGAUGAAAUACUCAUUCAAUGUGUGCGACAGAUAACGGAGUGUCCUGUGGAGGAGUGGGCGGAGCGAGUGUGGCUGGUGCUGUGUCUGUGCGCAGUGGCGUGGCAGCCGAGCCGCGGUCUCGCGCGGUACUACUGCGCAUGGCUCCGCGCACGCGCCCGCGCCGCACCCAACGCUCCACGCGCCGCACACUGCGCCCAGUGGUGUCUCGACAACUGCAGGGGCGCAGCACCACGACUACUGCCGCCUAGUACUGUUGAAAUUGCUGCAAUGCGUCGUCUCGGCACUAUAGUGUGUCGUUUCUUCUUCCUGGAUGGACGCACUAAGGCAAUUGACGUACACCCGGCGGACACUGCGGCGGCGGCUGCGGCGCGCCUCGCCGACAAGCUGGGCCUGGCGCCGCACUCUCGCGCCGGCUGGGCCGUCUACCAGCAGCGGGCAUCUCGCGAAGACCAUGUUCGAGCCACACACUAUCUGUAUGACGUCAUCGCCGCAUGGGAAAUGCAACAAGGCCCAGGCGGUGGUUCAGCGGACAACCGGUUCGUGUUUAAGCGGCGCCUAUUCCGCGGCGGACGUGAGUUGCCUCACGAUCCCGUCGAGGUGGCGCUGUUGUACGCACAGGCUGUGCAUAGCGUCGUUAAGAUGGACGAGUUCCCGGUAUCGGAGAAGGUGGCUCUUCAGCUGGCGGGGCUGCAGGCACAGGUGUCGUUGGGCGAGCCGCCGCCGAGUCCCGCGCCGCCACACACCCGCGCAUAUUAUGCUCACCCAGAGCAGUUCCUGCCACAACGCAUCGCACGCGCACGGCCAGCACACCAGUGGGCAACAAUCUUGGCGCAAGCGCACCGGCAAUACGGCGCUGGGCGCGCUGAGCUGACCGCCAAGGCGCUCUACCUCUCCUGCGUGAUGCAGUACCCGCUCUACGGCGUCACGCUCUUCCCCGUCACUUAUAAAGGAUAUUGGGCACAUGGUCCGAAUGUGUUGCUGGGUGUGGGGGCGGAGGGCGUGGUGCUGGUGCGGCCGGCAGACAAGGCGGUGCUGGCCGAGUACCCGUACAACAACAUCGCCGCGCUGCUGCUCGACCCCGUCGACAGCGGCCUCACCAUCAGCCUCACCCACCACGGCCAGCACGACGGACUUAGAUGCAUAGUCCUGGAGUCACCACAAAAGCAAGAGGCUGCGUGGCUGAUGGCGGCGUACAGUCCCCCGCUGGCCAAUGGUCUGGCGGAGGAGCCUGCGCGGAGAGCUGCCCCCGCGGGGGAGCGCGCGCGUCUCGCCGCCGCACUGCGCAACGCUCGGCGCGCGCUCGUAGACUCCGGCCUACUGCGCCGACCUACUGAUCUCUCCGCUGGAGGCUUCCUUAGGAAUACACUACGCAGACUAAGCAAGCAUCGUCUGGAGCGGGUGCGGUUGGACGUGGCAGAGGCGCAGGGCGAGAGCUAUAAGGGCUUCCCCGCCGCCUACUGGAGCUGGGCUCGCGCGCUGCCUCACAGCCUCACCAAGCUCAACGAGGCUGAGGAGGUCGCCGCCACGCAGAUAUUCAAGGAUAUAAUGAGCCACGCGGGUCUGAACACCCACGAGGGCAGCACCACGUCCCUGGCCAGCACCACCAACAGCAGCAGCAGCGGGUCGGCUGAGGGCGGCGCGGGGGGGGACAGCGACGACCGCGUCGCCCUCGCACAGGCAUUGCUGCAGCGCUGUCUGCAGAAGGACACGCUGCUGUGUGAGCUCUACAUGCAACUCAUCAAACAGACGACUGAUCACCCGGAGCCGUCAUCUCGCGUAUCAGCGCGUCACUGGGCGCUAUUGUGCGCGGCGGUGGGCGCAGCACUGCCCCCCGCGAAACCACUCCGCCGGCUAUUACUCGCCCAUCUGCGGUACCGCGGCACCGCGCUGCACGCCGGCGAGGAGGGCAAAUUCGCGCGCCGGGCAGAACAGGUGGCACUGAGCAUAGCUCAAGUGGGCAGACGCAACAGUGCACCAUCUCGUGAGGAGCUGCUGUGUGCAGCUGCACGGCGACCGAUGCACGUUCGCGUGCUGCUGCUGGACGGGAAGCAGCACGGUCUCGUGUUUGGACCAGCCGCCACCGCGGACCAUCUCGUCGCCAUGCUUAGAGAAAAGAUAGGACUCAACGACGCCGCUACCGGUUACGCGUUAUAUGAAGUAUGCGCGAACUCUACGCCGGCGGGUACAGGCGAGCGCGCGCUGGCGGGCAGCGAGCGCGUCGGCGACGUACUCGCACGCUGGGAGAAGGCCGGUGCCACCGCCGCAUCCUGCAGGUUGGUGUUCAAGAAGCGUCUUUUCUUGGGCGAGCGACCGCUACAGUCCGAGUGCGUGGCGGAGAUGGAGCUGUUGUACUACCAGCUGCUGCACGCCAUCCGACACGACCGCCUCCCCAUUGAGACAGAUGAAGCCGUGAUGGUGGCGGCGCUGCACGCGCAGGUGGUGAGCGGCGAGUGCUCGGGCGAGGGCGGUGAGGAGUGCCUGGCGGCGGCGCGCGCCGUGCUGCCCCCGCGGCCCACCCCGCUGCCCGCGCCCGCGCUGCGCCUGCACCACCUCGCACUGCGCGGCACGCCCCCGCACGCCGCCAUGCAGCGCGCGCUCACUCUCGCCGCCUCCUGGCCCCUCGCACGAGCCACCGUAUUCGACGUUAUGCAAUCGUUCACGUCGAACUGGCCGCGUGCGCUGUGGCUGGCGGUGGACGCGCGCGGGCUGACGCUGCUGCGGCGCGGCUCCCGCUCCGCGCUGGUGUCGCACGACCACGAGCAGCUGCUGGCCGUGUCCCCCGCACCGCGCGCACUGCUGCUCGUCACACGCGCAGACCGCAAGCACGCCAAGCUCGUGCUCUCCACUGACCAGGCGUACCAGAUCGCGACAUUAAUAAAGGACUACAUCGAGGCGGUGCGCGGGCCGGUGUCGCCCGCGGUGGCGGAGCCCAGCGGCGCGGGCGCGCGCACCUCGUGACACCCGCACGCCUAGUGCCAGUGCUUCCACGUCCGCCGCUGAACUCCGGCGCAAGCGACACUAGACACGCCUAACUCCCAACAUGCCUCGACACUAACCAGAACUAUUACCACAAUAUACAACUGAUAAAUACUGUUAUGAAAACUCUGACAAACUCUGACAGUGAAUGGUAAUGUUUUGAGGUUAUAAAAAUUGAUUGGCAUGUUCGGACAUUAGAUGUGUUUACGUCAGAUCGUUCGCGUUUCGGAUUAAAGAUGGUAUUGUUUGCAGGAAAAGUUGGAGAAGUAAAUGUUGAUAUGAUCUUGUACUCUUGCAGGUGAAAUUGUAACGUACAAAGUAUAAGAUUAGGUUAGAAAAAAUAAAUUGCAGAUAAAAAAAAAACUAUGGUAAAAGAUAAUCGGAUCCACAUUUACUUCAAACAUGGGACAGUCUCAAGUGGUGUUGGUCAGGAGUGUUAGCAUGGACGAUAUACAGUUGCCAGAUGACGGGGAAGCAAAACAUUAAAAUAAUAGCUCAAGAUUUAAAUUAAAACAGUUUAAAAUAUAUUCCGAAUCUU